AACGCCGUGACCCUGGCUGCAAAACUAAAAUUGCAUUUGCUGUCGCUAGGGUGCACAGUCAAUCUUUGGUCUAAUCUCCAAGUGUAAAACCUGACAAUACCGACAGGGGGCACAUGAUCUCACAUGCUCACGUCUGUGAAUGAGGAAGUAAGUUCGCUGGGCGACCAGGAAGAAGGAAGUCAGACGUGAAGAGGCAGAUUUUCGAUGAACACUUCUAACGAUAGGUUAUAUUGUAUAAUUUUAUGCAAAUCUGAAUAGGCCAGUACAGGGUGUCUGAGUAUUUGUAGGACGAAAACUAGUCGAAAACAGAACUAAACAAAGUGGUUAGACUCGAUCUAGUGAAAGCGAAAGUAAACUGGAGUGGAUCACGUUACUGUCGAGACAAGUAGAAUAAAAGUAGGCUACAUUUAUAACCAUGGCUGAUCCAGAUGACAUUAGCGAUAGACCGUCUGCGCUGGAAGAAGAUUUGACCUGCCCUAUAUGUAGAAGUCUUUUCCAGAACCCAGUACUGUUGUCCUGUACGCAUAGUUUCUGUAAAGACUGUUUGGACCAGGCCUGGAAGGGUAAAACGAGGAAGGAGUGCCCGGUAUGUAGGACCAACUGUAUUGCGGAGCCCAUCAUUAACCGCGCUUUGAAGGCUGCCUGCGAGAGCUUCCAGAAAGGAUGUCGUGUGCCGGGGCUUGGGAAGCUGGUGUGUGGUAUGCACAAUCGCGAGUUUGUGCUCUUUUGCGUAAAAGACGAAGCACCUGUGUGCGUAGAGUGUCUAAACCUUCACCCGGGGCACGACCUUCUUCCGCUGGACCAGGGUGUCCCUGUUUGUAAGGGCGAGUUGAACGUAAAAGUUAGCAUCUUGGAGGAAAAGGUGGAAUCUUUCAAAAGGAUAAAAAAGCGAUAUUUGGAUACAAUUGCAUUCAUACAGAACCAAUCAGAGACUGCUGAGAAGCUGAUCAGGCAGGAGGUUGAGCGCCUUCGUGAGAUCCUGAAGAAGGACGAGGAGGCAAGAGUCCUGGCCCUGAAGAAGGAGGAGGAACAGAAGAAGCAGGCCAUCAAAGAGAAGGUGGCGAUCCUGGACAAAGACCUCAAGGACCUCAAGGACCUUAUUGAUGACACCAGAAAGGAAAUGGGAGGAGAGGACCUGGACUUGCUCCUGAACUUCAACAAACUGAAGCAUAGUGCAAAAUGGACAGACGAGGGCCCACAAAGGGACCAGGCUGAGCUCAUUCACGUGGCCAAGCACACCGGAUCUGUGGGCUACAAGAUCUGGGAGAAGAUGCUGUCCCAAGUGGAGUGCUUGCCCGUGAUCAUGGACCCUAACACCAUCUCGCCCUGGCUGAGCAUCACCCCUGAGUUCAACAGCGUGAAGGAGAACAAGGAGCGACAGGCCUUCCCGGACAACCUGGAGCGCUUCGACCCAUGCGUGUUCGUGCUGGGCUCGGAGGGCUUUGGCGCCGGACGCCACCGCUGGGACGUGUACGUGGGCGACAACCCCAAGUGGAUCCUGGGCGUCUGCAAGGAGUCGGUGGCGCGCAAGCGCAAGUUCACCGUCACCACCAACAGCGGCGUGUGGACCAUCGGCCUGAGUAAGGGCGUCUACAGCGCCCUGACCACGCCACGCACCGAGCUGAAGGUGGACCGCCGCCCCGAGACCAUCCGGGUCAAGCUCAACAUGGAUAAGGGCCAGGUGUCCUUCUGGGAUGCGGGCAACGGCUGCCACCUCCUCACCUACACCGACAAGUUCCCCAACCGUGUAUACCCUCUGUUCGGGCCCGGCUUGCACAGCACACCCAUGGCCAUCAAGCCCUCCAAGGUCACCAUUCACCAGCAGUAGCCCAUCGCUUCUGCAGCAGAAGCAGACCAACACACGAUUGUCAAUGAUGAGUAAAUGGAAAUGUGUCUCUGGGUGGCUAAUGAAACUGCUUUGUGCCUUAAAUCACUUUCUUUGAUAUUUUAGUAUUUUCAUAGUUCAUCUUGUCUUUUUUUUGGAGAAGGGUUUUUGUCUUAAAAAGCUGAAGGAAUGGAGUGUUAUUGCUGAAGAUGGCACUCCAGUUCCUCUGGGCUGGAUUGUACGUGCUUCACUGUUGAUAAUCUGUAAAUUAGCCACUGGGGGUCAGAGUGGCUGCGCUGAUAUGAGCUAGUCACAGCAUCUUUCUGUUUUAAACAUUCAUUUACAGAGAAAUCACCUUUUUUUUUGUUGCUGAUAUGUGUCAGGCUGUCAGUCAUUAAAGACUUGCACAGUGUCUCAUAAUGUGGCAUACAGGCUUGUGAUGGACAUUUCUGUGGAACCAUAUGCUAUUUCAGAAUUAUUUAAAAAAACGUGAACACUGAAUAGAUGUGAAAGAAUAUUAAUCAGAAAAAGGAUUCUUGUAACAAGUUAUUGUGCAAGGUGAAUGUGAAUUAUUAUUAUUAUUAAUAUUAUGUUAUGGACAUUACUGUGGAAGCAUGGUAUGCUAUUGCAGAAUUCAUCAUCAGCAUCACCUUAAAAAAGUGAACAAUGAAUAAAUAUGAAAGAAUAUUAAUCAGAAAAAUGAUUAUUGUAACAAAUGAUUGCAGUACAUGCAAGAUGAAAGUGAGUUAUUAUUAUUAUUAUGUUAUAGAUUAUUACAAAUUCUAGAUAUUACCUUUUAGAAUGUUUUGAAAGCAUCUAUUAUAUUAAUGAAUAAUAUUGAUCAUACAUAUGCUGUUUUAGCCUUAUAAAAGCAAGGUAAACAAAAAUCUAUUUUGAGUAUAGUAACCAUGGUUUGUGCUACUCUAGGAAAUUCCAAAUAAGAAAUGCGCUGCUGUGUGGCGGGUUGUUAUGUCAUAUUGGGCUUGGUUGAGGUUGAAAUUGAGUCAUGUUCAGUAGAUGUGUGAAACCCUGUAAAUCUCGGGUUGCAGAAAUGUAAUGCUUGUGUUUGAAGUAUAUAGAUAAGUUUAUAAAUAAGCUUUUGUUAUUUUGUAAGCCUCAUUAAUCUAUUGUAAGACAGGGACAAUAACAGGGUAAUGUAUGUGGGAUUGAUGAUGUACUAAUAUCAUACUCCUGAUGUAGUUAUUUGACAGUUUUUUUUUUUUACCAAAUCACUUAAUGUACACUGAGUAAAUACAAACAUAAUAAUCAGUCAAACGCGAAAUCAUCAGCUUUUAUGUUCCAUUAUGAUUCUGGCAAAGUCUUUAGUUGUUAACAGCAGAAAUUUCGCAAGCAAUUGUAAGCUCAAUUGUAUUUGUAUAAACAAAUAAUUGUAA